AUGGCGUUGGUUGACGGCUUUGAGAAAAGCGUGAAGAAAGCAUGGCCCAAGAAGUGUCGCACCUUUGUCGCCGUGCCAACUCCGGACACCAACUUGGAAAACCUGUACAUCGAAAUAUUCCCGAAAAUAUUCACGCCGAGCGUUGUGGUCAUCCUGAGUCACUACGUGGAGGGUGACAACACCUUCCAGGACUGCCGCGUAGUGCCACCAACUUUGCUGACGAGACCUGGCUCGCUCACUACCAACAGCAACUACAAAUUUGACCUGAACACUGCGGCAACGUCCAUCGAGAAGCUGAUUGCACGAGGCAUGGACGCAACCUGGGCUCUCUCGGUCACCAUGAAAGGCAGAUGGACCAAACUCAAAGCCGGACAACCGGUGGACUUCCUGUCCGAGUGUGAGCAUGACCCAAGCGCGGAAUCUUUUGGACGUUACAUUGAAGUAUGCGGUGAUCCCAACUUCAGCAACGAGACCCACUACAAAUCGGGAGUUCGCGGCACCCUGUUCUACAACAAAAAUGAUGGCCGCAUACUUUCCUUCGACAAUAACACCGAUGUUGUCCAAAAGCUCUGCAGGCUGAGGGCGCAGCACUUGACCUUUGCCUAUGGCAUGGCUGCGUACGAUGUGGACUACGAAGACUACAGGAACGCCUGCCCCUCUGUGAGCGUGCUCAAAAGAUUCACCAGGGUUUUUACGCUGACACUCUUGCGGGUAUACAUGCGGGUCAUAUUCGAUGAACCGAGGCAAUUCCCAGACUGUCUGAAACUAGCCUAAUAAAUAUGCAGUUCGGACCACCCCUGGAUCCUCAGUUACUUUUGAUGCGGGCUUCGG